AUGCCUGAUAGCGUUCUCAUACAAACUGGGCUUCGUCUUGGACUCAUUUGGGAUCUUCACACGGUUAUAUCUGUGGGCUUUUGCAAUGAGCCUCUCAUCUCUACCGCCUGGAGGCUUGUACCUUCAACUGAGCCCAUUGCUGAAGUCCAAACAAUCAGCAGCAGUUCUUCUUCUUCUGAUGAAGUAGAAGUUGGUGCUGGUCCAGGCGAUGAUGGAGACACCGAAUCUGAACACACUUCCUCUAAUAAAGAAAAAGAAAUUGGUGUUGAAGGGACCACCAGUGAUUCCUCAGAGGGAGAAACCGGUGCUGGUGGUGACCGAGGAGGCUCUAGUAAAGUCAAAUCAAAGAAGAAGAAACCUAGUAAAGGCACGGGCAAAAUAACAAUUACUGACACAGAUAGCAAGUGGCCAAAAGAUCUUCCGGAAAACUUUCCAAUUCAUAAAGAUUGCAGAGACGAUGGCGUUCUUAGAGCAGAUGUGACGAUCCAAGGAUCAAAUGCAACGAUCAAUAUAAGAAAUCGCAGUUUGGGGAGGAACCGACAUCCAAGUCUGUCUGCUCAGCAUCUGAUCAAUAACGUUAACAAGAUGGAUAAUGGAGCGAUGAGAAGAUAUGAAGGAGUUGAAAACUUUCUUGUGCACCAAGGACUAGUUAAUGAAGACCGGUGUCCUUACACAGGCAGCAUUGAAGAAGAUGGCUGUGCUCAUGCAAGGCCACAGGCAGAAGAAGUAACCAGAAUCAGACGCCUCGUAAGAAUAAAGAAAAAGCACAUCAACGAAACAGACCUGAUCAGAUUGGUAUAUCAAAAGCCCGUGAUGGUUGAAAUAAAAGCCUACAGGAGCUUAUUGCAGUUCAAGGGGAAUGGUAUUUAUCGUGGGAAAGCUGGCAAGAAGGAUCCAGAGUUGAUAAACCGUCAUGCUCUAUUGCUGACUGGUUACGGGACGACAGAGAACGGAGAUCAUUAUUGGAUUGUGAAGAAUUCAUAUGGAACUGAAUGGGGUGAAGGCGGUUAUGGAAAAAUUAUCAGGCAGUGCAGUCCUAGAAACCCCAACGACUCUUCUCUGUUUGUGAAGAUAAGAUAUGCAGAGGUAUUUCUAUGA